AUGGCACCUGAGUAUGUAAUACAUGGACACUUCUCUGUUAAAUCAGAUGUCUACAGCUUUGGUAUCCUAAUUUUGGAAAUCAUAAGUGGUCAGAAAACUUAUAAUUUUCAAAAUGGGGAGAGUGGGGACGACCUCAUAAACUGUGUUUGGAAAAAUUGGCACCAAGAAACAGUUACAAAUAUAAUAGAUCCUGCAUUGAGGACUUCUUUAGGAUCCAUGCGUGAUGUUAUGAGAUGUAUCCACAUUGGUUUGUUAUGUGUUCAAGAAAAUGCAGCUGAUCGACCUACAAUGGGAUCGGUGGUUCUCAUGCUCUCUAGCUUUUCCUUAACUCUACCAGUACCUUCACAACCUGCAUUUUUCAUGUCAGGUAGCUUUCCUCCAGAAAUUUCAAUUCUUCACGAGACUCAUUCAUCCAAAGAUCAAUUAGAUAAUACUACUCCUUUAUCAACGAAUGAGGCCUCGAUGAGUGAGUUAUAUCCACGAUAACUUCCAAGAAGAUGCAUAUCCAUUAUAACAAGACAUUUUUUAGUUACUUAUGUUCUUAUUUGAAUGUACUUAUCUUGUAAGCAGAUUUAUUCUCUUUACUUGAUUUGUAUCGGUGUGGUUUUUGGUAGUGUAUUCCCAUGUGAAUAACACGAUAUCUAUGGGUAACUUUCUUCGUGGCUUCGAGUGGGAUUCUAGGACUCUUCUAGCGGAGCUACCUUGUGUGUUAUUGGGUCACAAAUUUGAGUCCUAUAUACUCGACUUUUGGUGCCAAACUUUAUGUUCAUUCAAGCAUUUGAUUCCAUUGUUAUUAAUUGAUUUGAAACUUAAUUUGUGUUUGUUUGAUCAAUUGAAGGUUUUAUCUAAUUCCACAGUUGUAAU